AUGUUUCACAUUCCAGAUGCAAAAAGAAUCCGUCGUGAGGACCUAGUCUCUCCGGACAACUCUGACAGCGAUGGAGAUGAUGACCAGAUCCGAGCGCAGCUCCACGCUCAGCUAGAGAGGACCCUAGGGCUGGACCUCGGUGCGCACCCUCUGACGCCGGACAGCCCUCCAAAACCAGCACGUCAGGCUGAGCAAGAGCAAGGGCAAGGGCGAGGACCGAAUGACGACGACGGAGACGACAGAGGAGAACGAGAUGCCGACCAGGCGGGGUACGACUUCUGCCUCUUCGCCGGCGAAGAAGCAUCCGCCAACAAGGUCAUACUCGAAGACGACGGCGGGCCGAAAGGUGAGGGGGCAAUCAUCGCACCCCGGCCGUCGUCGUACUACGUCGGUGCCAAGCUCACGGCCGAGGAGAAGGCGGCGGCGGCGGUGACGGGGGACGACAUCCUGGCGCGGUCCGGCUGGAGGGCGUGGAGCAUGGAGAUGCCGUGGAAGGUGACGCACGUCACCGUCACCAGGAAGGGGGGAGCCGUCGUCGGGGAACAUGAGGCAGAGACGGAUGGGACGACGACGGGGACGAGGAGGACAAGGGUGGGGAAGAAGAGGAGGAUCGCCCUGCGACUCAGGGAGAGGGCGGAGAGGUCCAGACUCGAAGAGGCGGCGAGGAAGGAGGAGGAGGCGCGUAAGAGAUUGGGAGAGAAGGAGGAUCACCUCAGGGAGAAGAAGAAGAGGCUGAAUAGGGUCAAGAAGUUGAGGAAGAGACAGAAGGAGAGGGAGAGGAAGAUUGCUGCCGGGGAGGCAGUGCCUGAUGAGGCCGAUGAAGCAGAAGUUUCUGAUUCUGAAUGA